UCUCGAAUAGAUUUUAGGUUAGAAAUUGGAGUGAAUUAGAGCACCAUCAGCAAAGAUGAAUCAACCCAACUUGGAGAAAUUGGUAAAUAAAUUAAGAUAUAAUGUCAAGCCACGUCGAAAAUUCCGGAAUCCUGAAGGUUCAGAGGGACGUCUUUUGAAAUUCCGAAAAACUCUGACGGCAUUGAUUAAAUACGAACGACUCGAGUUGAAUUAUCCGAGAGGCGAUGAGGCCAGAGGUUACGUUGAUCAGUUGAUAUUUGAAGCGAUACGCCAUGGACCUAUGCACAAGGAGACAAUGGAUAUGGCGAAUUUCUGGAUAAUUGAGAAACAACUAGUACACAAAUUAUUCAAAGUCCUUGUGCCCAGAUAUCAAUAUUAUACCACAUCAUUUACAAAACUUCACAAAGCGCCAAAUAUUUAUCCUAUAGGCCACUAUGAGAGAGCAAUUUUGGAACUCAGAGGUAAUAUGUAUCCAAGCGUAGAACAAUAUAACCCACAUGAAAGAAAUUUACUUCACAACUUACUACUUGAUGCGGCAAAGAAAGAAUACAGGAUGGAAAAGUAUAAAGAAAUUGCAAAUAAUAUAAAGCAGUAGAAAAAACAGAAGAUAAAGUGGCUUUAAAGAAUGCUCUUGUA